AUGAAGACGGGCUUUAAAAUGGUCUCUCUUUUGAUAAUUUUCUACAUAUUAAACUGUAAACCUGUUAACUCAGUCGUCUUCAAACUGACAAAUGUCCUUUGCGGCAGUUACAAUAAAACCUGGAUUAGGAUUAAUCAAUGUCGCUUGAAGGCGGUCAAUCGUCACAGAACUGUGUUCAAUUUCAAUGCAACCUUCAUCUAUCCAACUAGAGAUAUUCUUGUUCACUACCGAUUGUUCAAGAGGGAGAGCGGCUAUAAGCCUUGGCUCGUCAAUGUUAAGAUCGACGGAUGUCGGUUUCUGCGCAGACCCUAUGAUGGCAUUGGAAUAUUUCUUUUUAGUCUUUACAAGGACUUUUCGAACAUUAAUCACACCUGCCCGUUGUAUGGUGACAUUUUCAUAAAGGAUAUGUAUCUAUCCACGGAUAUUAUGCGACUUCCUUUACCUACGGGCGACUUUUUGUUGGCAAUAGAUUGGCUGUUUUAUGGAAAGCCUCAGUUUGCCACUAAUGUUAGUUUUACAUUCGUUGAGGAUCUAUUGUAA